AUGACCGUGCUGUUUCUGAAUGCGUUUGUGACUGACCUCUUAAACUACACGGAUGUGGAAGGAAGCGGCUCCAGCUGCCGCCGAGCUGUCCAGAGCCGUCUGAGGGUGCUGAGGUGUGGCCGCAAGCGGGUCGGUGGCGAGAGGUGCUGCGCUGGGCUGCGGUUUGCCCGACGAGUGGAGCGCAGGCUGCGGGCUCCCGCCCAAGCCCAGGGUGCUGCAGUCCCUGCAGACCUCCGCACGGAGAGCGGCACAGUGUACGGCUCUGGCGUUGGCGAUAAGGUAAUGGUCCUGGCUAGGUCAGGGCUCUGGCAAGAAGUGGUGAACGUGCCAGCCAGUCAGACCUUCCUGAUGCCGGAGGGGAUGAGCUUCGAGGAAGCGGCUGCUCUUCUUGUCAACUAUAUCACUGCCUACAUGAUCCUGUUUGACUUUGGGAACCUGAGACCCAACCAGAGCGUCCUCAUCCACAUGGCUGCAGGUGGCGUGGGAACUGCUGCCAUCCAGCUGUGCAAGACUGUAGAAAAUGUCACCAUUUUUGGUACAGCAUCUGCCUCCAAGCAUGAGUCACUCAAGGAGAGCGGAGUCGCUCACCCCAUUGACUACAGAACGAUGGAUUACGCGGAGGAGGUCCGGAAAAUCUCUCCCAAAGGUGUUGACAUUGUCCUGGACCCCCUGGGAGGAUCCGAUACGUCCAAAGGAUUUAACCUGUUGAAGCCGAUGGGCAAACUCAUCACUUACGGGGUAGCAAACUUGCUCACUGGGCAGAAGAAGAACCUCAUGGCUAUGGCUAAAACCUGGUGGAACCAGUUCAGCAUCAAUGCCUUGCAGCUCCUACACCAUAACAAGGCUGUGUGUGGCUACCACCUUGGAUAUAUGGACGAAGAAUUUGAGCUUGUCGGAGGUGUUGUAGCCAAGCUGGUUAACCUGUACAGUCAAGGCAAAAUCAAGCCCAAAAUAGACUCUGUAUGGCCCUUUGAUCAGGUGGCGGAUGCCAUGAGGCAGAUGCAGGAGAAGAAGAAUGUUGGAAAGGUCAUCCUGGUUCCUGAGGCACCCAAGGAAGAAGCCAAAAAAGAAGAGAACUAAGGAGAAGAGAUGUGUGCAGAUUGUGAAUUCAUGGUUUAACUCCCUGAUCUUUGGGACCUGGAAAUGGACAGAUCAGUAGCUUCCAUCUUCACCAGUACAAGAACAUCGUGGUUAACGUUCAGAUGAGGUUUGCAUGCUCUCGUUGUGACUGACCCUUUGCC